AUGUCGUCGAAGGUCGACGCCACACGCCCGCGGGCGGCAGACACCAAGAAGGUGCACAUCGCCGACACUCAUAUGACACGCCAGAACUGGUACAAGCAUGUCAACUGGCUCAACGUCGUCCUCAUUCUCGGCGUGCCCCUGUCAGGUUGUAUCCAGGCUUUCUGGGUGCCUCUGCAGUUGAAGACCGCCAUCUGGGCCGUGGUCUACUACUUCUUCACUGGACUGGGAAUCACAGCGGGAUACCAUCGUCUGUGGGCUCACUGCUCCUACUCCGCCACUCUGCCUCUGCGCAUCUGGCUUGCUCUGGUUGGCGGCGGUGCCGUCGAAGGUUCCAUCCGCUGGUGGGCUCGCGACCACCGUGCUCACCACCGUUACACCGACACCGAAAAGGACCCGUACUCCGUGCGCAAGGGUCUCUUGUACUCGCACCUGGGAUGGAUGAUCAUGAAGCAGAACCCCAAGCGUAUCGGUCGCACCGACAUCACUGAUCUGAACGAAGACCCCGUUGUCGUUUGGCAGCACCGCAACUACCUCAAGGUCGUUCUCGGCAUGGGUUUGAUUGUGCCCAUGCUGGUCUCCGGUCUCGGCUGGGGUGACUGGUACGGUGGCUUCGUGUACGCCGGUAUCCUGCGCAUCUUCUUCGUGCAGCAGGCCACUUUCUGCGUGAACUCUCUUGCCCACUGGCUGGGUGACCAGCCCUUCGAUGACCGUAACUCACCCCGUGAUCACGUCAUCACCGCCCUCGUCACCCUCGGUGAGGGAUACCACAACUUCCACCACGAGUUCCCCUCCGAUUACCGCAACGCCAUCGAGUGGCACCAGUACGACCCCACCAAGUGGACCAUCUGGGCCUGGAAGCAGCUCGGCCUCGCCUACGACCUGAAGCAAUUCCGCAGCAACGAGAUCGAGAAGGGUCGGGUCCAGCAGCUGCAGAAGAAGAUUGAUCAGAAGCGUGCCAAGCUCGACUGGGGUACUCCUCUCGACCAGCUUCCCGUCAUGGAGUGGGACGACUAUGUUGAGCAGGCAAAGAACGGCCGUGGUCUGAUUUCCAUCGCCGGUGUCGUUCACGACGUUACCGAUUUCAUCAAGGACCACCCCGGUGGUAAGGCGAUGAUCAAGUCUGGUCUUGGCAAGGACGCCACCGCCAUGUUCAACGGCGGUGUCUACUACCACUCCAACGGUGCCCACAACCUGCUUUCCACCAUGCGUGUCGGUGUCAUCCGUGGCGGUGGUGAAGUUGAGAUCUGGAAGCGUGCUCAGAAGGAAAACUCCGAGUACGUCCGUGAUGAGACAGGCCAGCGCAUCAUCCGGGCUGGCCAGCAGGUCACCAAGAUGCCCGAGCCCAUCCCCACUGCUGAUGCGGCUUAA